AUGAUACAGUUGCUGCUGGUUGGUAUCACAGUUGUCGGAUCGCAGCACAUGACGCUUUGUGAUUAUUAUGAAAAACUUGGAGUAGCGAAAUCAGAAUGUGGGCAUAUCAUCAAACCACAAAGAGAUUUCGGAUUCGUCAAUCCGUCAACGUAUCAGGCAUCGAAUAAUUUUAGGUUUAGCAGCUAUAAUCCAAGUGGAAAUAAUGUAAAUCCACAGUUUAACGUUUUCAACUCAUUUCAAAAUAAUCUCGUUGGAACUCUACCUCUCUGCCGAAACUAUUUUCAUUCAUGUAUGACUUCCACUGCAUGUGAAUCUGGAACAAUUUGUACGAAUGGAAUUGAACAAGGAUCCUGUUGUACCAAUCCCCAUCAAGCCAGCUGUCCUUCUGUCACCUCAAUGAACAUCAACUGCAGAAAAGUUCGAGGUGUCAACUGGUGUAACAGUGAUAUGGAUUGUCGUGGUGCAUCAACAACUGCUUCGAUGUGUUGUCCAACUGGCUGUAAUUACAAUAUGUGUGUGCAUGUUGGAGCACAGGUUUUCCAUCCGAGAAGGAGUAUUGUUUUCAACUCCCUCUCCCCAACUGCUGCAUCUGGUGAUCAAUGCCCAGAUCCAUUCCAACUCGGUGUCAAAUGUGUAGCUACACGUGGAUCCAACUGGUGUCACACAGAUAAUGACUGUAGAAGUGGAUUAUAUAUCAGAAAAUGCUGCGCCACAAACUGUGGAUACAAUACGUGUGUAAUGAAGUUCAAUGACAAGUGGAUCAUCGCUUAA